CACAAGCAUGGCUGCUGCUUCGGGAGAGAGUGAUGGAGCUGUGUUGGAAAACACAGCAGGUUCGGGCGGCAGCAGUGAUCAUUCAGCUUCAGGUCACAGUGCCACAUCCCGAAAUAAUGCGGAACGAAAGCCAGUGUGUCUUAUAGUCCUUGGCAUGGCAGGGUCAGGCAAAACAACUUUCGUUCAGCGACUCACCGCGCAUCUUCACUCGAAGAAGACGCCGCCGUAUGUUAUUAAUCUGGACCCUGCAGUUCAUGAAGUCCCUUUCCCAGCCAAUAUCGAUAUCAGAGACACAGUCAACUACAAAGAAGUUAUGAAGCAAUAUGGCCUAGGCCCAAAUGGAGGAAUUGUCACAUCUUUGAAUUUGUUUGCAACCAGGUUCGAUCAGGUUAUGAAGUUCAUUGAGAAAAAGCAGAAUAAUUCUGAGUACGUUUUGAUUGACACGCCGGGACAGAUUGAGGUGUUUACCUGGUCAGCAUCUGGAACCAUCAUAACAGAAGCCCUUGCUUCCUCUUUUCCCUGUGUGAUCUUGUAUGUGAUGGACACUUCACGUAGCGUGAGUCCAGUCACCUUCAUGUCCAAUAUGCUCUAUGCCUGCAGCAUCCUCUACAAAACCAAGCUUCCCUUUAUUGUUGUCAUGAACAAGACGGACAUCAUCGACCACAGGUUUGCCGUGGAAUGGAUGCAGGACUUUGAGGCGUUCCAGGACGCCCUGAACCAGGAGACAUCAUACGUCAGCAACCUCACCCGCUCCAUGAGUCUUGUGCUGGAUGAGUUCUACGCAAACCUGCGCGUUGUCGGUGUGUCAGCUGUGACAGGUUCAGGACUGGAGGAUCUCUUUGUCCAGAUCGUUGAAGCUGCUGAGGAAUACGAGACAGAAUAUCGUCCUGAAUAUGAGCGUCUGCGUAAAGAGCUGGUGGACGCUCAGACCAAGAAACAGCAGGAAGAGAUGCAGCGCCUUCACAAGGACAUGGGUGAAGUUUCCAUGGAAACGGCCAUGCACCCAGAAGCUCCAGACAUGGGCGGUGCCAGCAACCUCAUCUUCACUCGCGGCAACCCAGAAGAAGAUGAAGAGGAGAUAGACAGUGACACUGAUGACAUCGACCACAAAGUUACGGAGGAGAGCAAGGAGGAGCCAGCUUUUGGGAACUUCCUAAAUGAGAGGAAACGGGUGGUGCAGGCACGCACCAGGAAGUCACAGUGACAUCAUCAGGUAGCACCAGGCAUAAAUUCACACCUCUGGCGCUGACAUUUGACCUUUGGCUGUACCAGAGAGGGCGGCACCAUUGCGGCUGCAGGCAGUGACUUCAUCUUCAGAAACUGGAUCAUCUUGCACGAUGAGGAUUGAUGCGUCGCCGUGGAGCUCCGAUGUAUUUUACCGCUGUUGCAAACCUCACUGAAGCAACUGCGCUUUUAGAAGUGGCACAUGACAGCAUCCUUCAAAUGUGCUGUAGAUGUUGUGGUUUUUUUCACUGAUUUGUAUUUAUCUACUUUGCAGUCUCCUGUGCACCCUUCACCUAAUGUCGUUCUGUCCUUUGUUCAAACCACAUACUGCAUCACCAAUGUACUUGUGCAAGCUCAUGCAUGGACUGCAACGUUCUGCUUUUCUCUUACUAUGGCAAUAAAAUCUAUUUUUUAUCAAGGUGUA